AUGACAAAUAGAAAUAAAAAAAACUCUAAAAGAGUUUAUAUGGCACAAAAAGAACAGAAUGAAAAAUUAGGUCAUUGCUCUGAAUGUAAAAAUAAAUCAGUAAAUCAAGAGGAAUUAGAUAAAAUGGCGAAAGUUUUGUUAAACACUCCACCUCGGAAAAGGAGUAGAAAAGGAAA